CUUCACUGAAAUGAAGUAGAAUUCAUAAAUAAGCCCUAAUCUUUUCCUCUCACUACAUACCUUCUCUCUGUCUUCAAUCCAUAUCUCUCCGGCGAUGCAGGAAUUCAUCGGCUCUGUUCGCCGAUCUCUGGUUUUCAAACCUCCCGGCGAAGAAUCGACCGGAUUUGGAGGAAUUGUCGAGAAAUUGGGGUCUAGCAUCCGGAAAUCUCGAAUCGGUAUUUUCGCUAAGCCUCCGGUUCACGCGCUGCCGCCAAUUGCGACGCCGCCGCGGAGAAACGCCAGACCAGAGGAGGGGCAACUGCCGCCGAUGGAAGGAUCAACGGAGGAUGAGCCGCCGAUAGCUCGGGGAAGAGACAGUAAGAUGCUGACUCCAAAAUAUAUGAAAGAGGAAGAAUCGAAGAAGAGGAAGGAGGUCGAUGUGCAGCCACUGAUCCGGUGGAGGAAGGGGGAAUUGAUAGGCUGCGGUGCCUUUGGGAGGGUUCACAUGGGAAUGAACCUCGAUUCAGGGGAGCUUCUUGCGGUGAAAGAGGUUUCAAUAGCUGCAAAUAGCGCUUCAAAGAAAGCACAAGAAUAUAUAGGUGAACUUGAAAAAGAAGUCAAUCUAUUGAAAAAUCUCUCACAUCCAAACAUUGUGAGAUAUUUGGGAACUGCUAGAGAGGAGGAUUCACUUAAUAUAUUACUGGAGUUUGUGCCUGGUGGAUCCAUUUCGUCUCUCUUGGGAAAAUUUGGGUCUUUCCCGGAAUCUGUUAUCAGAAUGUACACAAAACAAUUGUUGUUAGGACUAGAGUACCUGCACAACAAUAAGAUUAUGCACAGGGAUAUCAAGGGAGCAAAUAUUCUUGUUGACAACAAGGGAUGCAUUAAACUUGCCGAUUUUGGAGCAUCCAAGAAAGUUGAAGCAUUGGCUACAAUGACUAAUGCCAAAUCAAUGAAGGGUACUCCAUAUUGGAUGGCUCCUGAAGUUAUUGUUCAGAGUGGUCACAGCUACUCAGCAGAUAUAUGGAGUGUUGGAUGCACAGUUAUUGAAAUGGCCACAGGAAAGGCUCCUUGGAGCCAGCAGUAUCAGGAGGUUGCUGCUCUCUUUUAUGUAGGGACUACUAAAUCUCAUCCACCAAUACCAGAUCAUCUUUCCCCUGAGGCAAAAGACUUCUUGUUAAAAUGUUUACAAAAGGAGCCAGACCUGAGGGCGACUGCAUCAGAAUUGUUGAAGCAUCCAUUUGUAACUGGAGAAGACUCCCAUCUUGCCUGCUCUUCACAUAUGGAAACUUCCGGAAAACGGAUGGCAGCACUUGGAGUUGAAAUUAAGAAGUCAAUGAACCUAGAGGCUAGGAGGUCAUGCAAUGGCCUGAAGGACGUAGGUGAUUUGGAUGGUGCCUGUUGCUCAACCGUCAACUCUGAGCAGUACACAGGGGGAUCCUUGUGGCAACCUGUCAAUUUUGAGGAUGAUGAUAUGUGUCGAAUUGAUGACAACGAUGAUCUUGAAUUUGGCACAUCCACGAAAUUCAGACAUAGUCUCCUUUCUAGUGAUUGUAAUCAGAGUUUUAAUCCAAUGUGUGAACCCAAUGAUGAUUGGGCCUGCAAGUUUGAUGAAAGUCCUGAAUUGACCAAAAGUGGAGUGGAGAUUCUUCCUAGUCAAAUUGUUGAGCCUGGUAACAGAUCUUUAGGUUCUGUUGAGGUGGACUGUGGCUUUACAUUUCCGAGGCAAUCUGAGUCUGAAGAUGACAACAUUUUAACUGAAGCAAAGAUCAGAGCCUUCCUGGAUGAAAAGGCUUUGGAGCUGAAUAAGCUGAAAACACCUCUUUUUGCGUUCUACAAUUCCUUGAAUGUUGCUGGACCUCCAAGUCCUGUUGGUGGUAUAAGCAACAAGGAAAAUGUUUCAAGUAUCUGCAAUCUACCUUCUAAAAGUAGGUCGCCUAACAAGGUAGCAAGUAGGAGAUUUUCUACCGCCCUUGAUGUUGAGUACAGCCUGAGUCCACGGAAUUUCUCCAGACGUGCAUCAAAUAUUGGUGAUGAAAACUUUAGAAAUUCUCAGGGCGCCAAAGAGCUGCCCAUUGAUUAUCAACCGGAACCACUUACUCCAAGCUCUAGAUUCAGUGAUAUACAAAAGAAAUGGAAAGAAGAACUUGUUGAAGAGCUUGAAAGAACCAGAGAACUCAUGCGUCAAGCAGGCACAGCCAAGACAUCAUCUCCAAAGGAUCGAAUUAUGAACCGACAAAAAGAUCGGUUAAAGUAUGCAUCUCCCGGGAAAUAAAUACAACAAGAAUUACAGAAGAAAGAUUUGUACGACGCACGUGUGAGUUUGUGAUUAUUCAUGUUUAUUUUUUUUUACAAAUGAGUGAAUGCCAUUGUUGUACUUCAUCACUGUCCAAUAUAUAUAUGAUAUUUGGGUUUGGCUUGAA